AUGUUCCUGAUUAGCUGGUGUCUUGCUAACUGGAAACUUGUAGUUGCCGCCCUAGUCGCUGUCGUAUUCUUAUCCCGCCGCGCUACGGCCUUGCUGCAACAGGAAGCACCGUCGGUGAUGGAACAGUCAACAACAGAGUCAGCCGAGGCAGACGGCCCAGCGCAUGGCCCAGCGCCACCGCCGUCCUCUGGGCCGCCGGCGCCAAAUGCACCAGGUGCCUCCCCACCGGCAAUCGGUGGCAGUGGAGAGACGCCGGCUCAAGGGGAGAUGCUCGAACCCAUCUUUGAGGAGAUCACGUGCCUCUUCGCUAGCCGCAAUCCCAAGCACGCUUUGCAAGGCUUGUCGGACGGCCUUCGGAAUGCCGCCACGGGUGUUGGGCUUGGCCUGGCCGGCGUCGUGGCUGGCACGUAUGGCGGGGCCAAGGAGGGCGGGUUGGGUGGAAUGGCCAAGGGCUUUGGGGCCGGAAUGGCAGGCUUUGUUGGCUUGACUGGCUAUGGCGCGUACGCCGGGGUGCGGCAGAUCGUGCGUGGCGUCGGCAACACCCGCAGUGCUGUGAGCGAGGUGAGCAAGGGCGAGGCGUACUGGGACAGCAACGCGCAGGCGUGGGUUCGGGUGAACCUCGCCUGCGACUUCGAAAGGCUGCCACAGACAGACGAGGACUUGCUCGGUACAGCGCGCAAGGCGUACGAGAAGGCGAAGAAGGACGGCACACUGCCCACGACGCUGAACGACUCGGCAGAGGGUGGGGGGGCUUCUGCAAGCAGUGCCACCACGGGUGCGGGAGCUGCUUCAGUGCCGCAGGGGACGGACACGGGAGAGACGAAGCCUGCGGCGGCAGAGCCGGUCAACUACUACGCCUUCCUAGGGGUGGAGUCAGCAGCAACGCCGAGCGAGAUACGAAAGGCGUACACCCGUAAGGCGCUGGAGAUGCACCCCGACAAGAACCCGAACGACCCAAAUGCCACCAUCAAGUUCCAGGAGCUGAACAAGAUCUACAACGUGCUCAGCCACGAGGGCACCCGCGCGACGUACGACCGAUACGGCACUGUUGAUCCGAUGAAUGUACCGGAGAUGACGGGAAACCCGAUGAAGGAGUUGCUGGGGGCUGCCUUCCUGGAGGCGUUGGUGGGGCCGCUGCACUUCUUCCUCGUCUUUGAGGGAGGCGUGCUCUUUACGGCAGAGAUGAAACGCGAGCUGCAUGCUCGUCGCCGGCUGCGUGUCGCAAAGAACUUGGUCUCGUGGCUAGACAAUGGCGCAUCUGGUUUUGAAUCUGCCCAGCUUGCGUUGCGCGAUGCUGUCUCCACCGCCCUUGGCCCUGUUUUCGUAUCCUACGUGGCGGAGGAGUACCACCUGGCCUCGCGCCAGCAGCUACACGGAAGUAACUGGAAACGAGAGAUGGACAGCUGGUACUCAUCGUGGGCCACGUCAGCGUCUUCGCUGUGGCACUGGACCACCAUGGGUGCGCGCACCGCCCGACGGGCCUUUGUGGACAAAAACCUGGGCGAGGAAGACAUCCUGCGCGUGCUGGCGGUGGCCAAUGAGCGUGACGUACGGCAAAUUGUGCUGCAGGCGUGCCGACUUGUGCUGUUUGACAUGAGCGUAACUCCUGCGCAGCGCCAGCAGCGCGCGAUGCGCCUGGAGGAGCUGAGCGUGAUGGCUAUGAAAGAGGUUGCCCGCGAGGUGGCGUCGCGCGAGCGCAUCGGCGCCUCGGAAGCCACCGCCGCUGCCGCGGAGAAAGGGACGACUACCAAGACACCUGCCGACACCAACGCCACAGCCCCACCGUUCUCUUAA